GGGAAAUGCCGCUCUGUUGGUUGAGUGUUUUCCAUAGUGGAGUAGCCGCCACGCUAAUCCUCAUAUUUUCAGACAGUAUCUUUAUCAGGCCAAGUAUAUGACCGAAUCUCGCAUUCUUUAGGUGUGUGGUUCUUACCCGGGACCGUUUACCUUGAUUGGACUACCGCCGCCAGGCUGUGCUGAGUACGGGCCGCCUGAACUAGUCCGGUGGAGCCGUUAAUUACAUGUCAGGUCUCGCUCUGCUCGUUUGUGUCUGUAGCCGACGAGCAGCCGUUAGCUCACCACAAAGACGAGAGUCCUGCUAACAAGCUAAACAAUAGAAAAACUUCUCUCUUUAUUUUAACAUGGAUGCGUUUCAGAAGGUUGAAAAGAUAGGAGAAGGGACGUACGGAGUGGUUUAUAAAGCCAAGAACAAAGUCACCGGAGAAACUGUUGCUCUCAAGAAAAUCAGGCUAGACACGGAAACAGAGGGAGUACCAAGCACUGCAAUCAGAGAGAUUUCACUUCUAAAAGAACUCAGUCACCCAAACAUUGUCAAGCUGCGAGAUGUCAUCCACACAGAGAACAAGCUGUACCUUGUGUUUGAGUUCCUUCAUCAGGAUCUGAAAAAGUUCAUGGACUCAUCCUCAGUCACUGGUAUCCCACUGCCUCUGGUUAAGAGUUAUCUCUUUCAGCUGCUGCAGGGUCUCGCUUUCUGCCACUCUCACAGAGUCCUUCACCGAGACCUGAAGCCCCAAAACCUCCUCAUCAAUGCACAGGGAGAGAUCAAGCUUGCUGACUUUGGCUUGGCAAGAGCCUUUGGUGUUCCGGUUCGCCCAUAUACACAUGAGGUGGUAACACUUUGGUACAGAGCGCCAGAAAUUCUCCUUGGCUGUAAAUAUUACUCCACAGCAGUUGACAUCUGGAGUCUGGGAUGUAUCUUUGCUGAAAUGAUCACCAGGCGAGCUUUAUUCCCAGGCGACUCGGAGAUUGACCAGUUGUUCAGAAUCUUCCGCACCCUUGGCACACCUGAUGAAACCGUGUGGCCUGGAGUCACAUCAAUGCCUGACUACAAACCGUCCUUUCCAAAGUGGGCUCAGCAGGAUCUGUCUAAAGUGGUGCCUCUUCUUGAUGAGGAUGGAAGAGAACUGCUAGGAGAAAUGCUCAAAUAUGAUCCAAACAAAAGGUUGUCAGCCAAAAAUGCUCUUGUACAUCGAUUCUUCCGAGACGUCACCAUGCCGGUUCCUCACCUACGACUUUGAGUCAGCGUAAAUCUUCAGACCGAUCAAAUGCCAACAGAGUCAAAGCAAUAAGGACCUCCUUGUGUCCACACUGAAAUGGACAGAAAAUUUGGACACUACAGGAAAAGUUGUAUCCUGUGAUGGAUGAUUGUUUAUACCUAAAACCAGCAUUUUAGACCCUUUAUUACCGAAGAGUUCUGCUGUUUUUCCAUCAUAGUUAAAUACAUUAAACUGUAAUUUACUUUAUCACUAUUUUGCAUAUUUAUAUGCUGCUGCAAUUUUAAUGUGUUUUAAUUGGGAUGGUCUGCUGACUGAAUAUAAGUCAGAAAGACACUUGUAGAUUUCAGCAAAUAGAUCUCUCAUAGGAUAUAAUAGCUUAAGGAAGUCCAAGUUUUAAUAUUAAAUUAGUUGGCAUCAAAUAUGAUCGAUUAAGUUUGAGGGAUAGUGCAAAUAAGAAAUACCUGGUCUUUGGGACCAUGCAGCAUCUGCAGGUGAAGGUUGGAUGUGACUGCUGCCACACUUUCAUCUGUUAUCAAAAUGUUCUGUGGUUUAAUAGCAGAGGACUAACAUGUCCUUUUAGCUCCAUCUUUCCCACAGUUCAUUCCCUAAUAUGGGUCCAGCAGAUCUUGGAAGUAAUUUUAAAACAGCACCUUUGUUUAACACACAAAAAUUUUCAUAAGGCGUUCAGGUUUUCUGUCAGGAUUUCUCACCAAACUGAAGUUCUCAGCUGUGUACAGUAUAUCAAUUGUGUUCAGAUGUUUCAGUUGUAAUUCAGAUUUUAAAGAAUUUAAUGUGCUUUUGCAUCUUUCUUACUCUAGAUUUUAUCCAUCCCUGGUGAAAUGUUUUUACAAAUAUUGUUUAUUUACAGUUUGAAAAAAUAAAACUUGUUUAAUUAA